AUGGGUCUCAAGUCAGUCUACAACAUGUAUGGGCGGGGUAAGCCCCUGCGCAUCGCCAUUUCUUUUGCCUGCCAACUUGCUUUUGUCCUCUUCGGUUACGACCAAGGUGUCUUCUCCGGCAUCGUUGGCAACCAGGAUUUCCUUGACCAGUUCAACCACCCCAACGCAGGACUCGAGGGCAUCAUUGUCUCCAUCUACAACCUUGGAUGCUUCUCUGGCUGCAUCCUUACAUUCAUCAUCUGCGAACGUCUUGGUCGCCGCAAAAGCAUGUGGGUCGCCAUGGUCUUCAUUCUGGUCGGUGCCGUCCUACAGACGUCAGCCACAACCGUGCCACAUCUGAUGGUCGGUCGAUACAUUACUGGUAUUGGCACCGGAAUCGAAACGUCUACUGUUCCGGCAUACCAGUCCGAGCUAUGCGAGGCCAACAUGCGUGGCCGCCUCGUCGCCUCCGAGCCCCUGUUCGUCGGCGUUGGUAUUGAAAUCGCCUACUGGUUUGACUAUGGCAUGAGCUUCACCAGUGGCUCCAUUGCCUGGCGCCUGCCCAUUGCCUGCCAAAUGAUCUUCGCUGUCAUUGUGAUUAUACUCGUGUUCGGUCUUCCUGAAUCUCCGCGUUACCUCUACGCCCAUGGCCGCAACGAGGAAGCCCUCCAAGUCCUGUGUGAUGUGUACGACACACAACCGGACGACCCCAAGAUUCAGAAAGAGCAAAACGAUGUCCUCGAGGCUCUCGCCCUGGAGCGUGAGCACGGCGAAUACAAGUGGAGCGAGCUUUUCAAGCGCGACGAAGUCCAGACAGGUCGUCGUGUGCUCCUUGCGUACGGCAUGCAGUUCAUGAACCAGAUGGGAGGUAUCAAUCUGGUCGUCUACUACGUGACGACUGUUCUCGAGGACAACGUCGGUCUCGACCGCAACCUCUCGCUCAUUCUGGGUGGCUGCAUCAACUUCAUGUUCGUCGUCGGUUCACUGUUCCCCACCUUCCUCCUCGACCGCGUUGGCCGCCGCAAUCCAAUGAUUUGGGGUGCUCUUGGCCUUGCCAUCUCGAUGAUGAUGAUUUCCAUCCUCCUCAGCUUCCAACAUCUCGGUGGCGCCAUUGCAAAGUCAACCAGCACUGCCGCCGUUGCCUUCUUCUUCACCUACAUGCUGGUGUUUGGCGGGACGCAAAACGUGGUGCCAUGGGUAUACGUUCCGGAGAUUCUGCCCCUCCAUGUCCGCGCAAAGGGCACAGCUGUCGGAAUCUCCGCCAACUGGCUCUGGAACUUCUUCGUCGUUAUGAUCACCCCUACGCUCAUUGAGAGCCUCAAGUGGAAGGCCUACCUGCUCUUCAUGGCGACCAAUUUUGCGUUCAUGCCGCUUGUCUACUUCUGUUACCCAGAGACCAACUGUCUCACGCUCGAAGAGGUAGACUGGUUCUUCCUCGAACCCGGUGCGGUCAAGCGCUCCCUACGCGUGGCGAAACACGGUUGGGACAUCGAAGGCCGUCCUCCCGUGCACGCAUUCGAGGGUGGGACUCUUUCGACACCCGAGAAGCCGCUCGCUGCUGUGACCCACGACGAGAAGAGCUGA